GAUAAAUGAACUAAAAACCUGAAUCUCCCUGUAAAAACAUUGAUCAUUGUUCAUAGAGCAGCUCAGUGAGGUUUCUGUGUUUCUACAGAUCCAGCAGGAGGUCAGGAGGUCGUACAGUUUACUGUGGAACCAGAAGAAACCAAAGUCCUGCUGGAGACCCAAAGAGACGGGAAACGGUACCUUGUUGUCGACUGUGGAGGUAAAAAUAGACAUAGUCACUUCACUGUUCAUGAAGUCCUGGAAGGAGGAGACAUGAAGGUGCAUGAGACCUUUGAAAUAUGGCGGGGAGAAAAAUACGUGGACAAUGAAUUCAAACAGUUCCUGGAGAAAAUUUUCUCUGUUGGAAUCUGGAAGGAAUACGAGAAAAACUUCCCCAAUGAGGUUCAGAAAAUCAUGUAUGAUUUUACUUGUCUGGAUGAAGAUGUUCAGAUCCGUUGCCCGGGUAACCUGGUCAUAGUGGCUCAGAAACAGAAACAGAUUGAAACUUUCUUUGAUUCAGUGGAAGGAGCUUCCUGGGAUGAUGGAUCUAUCAGGAUCUCCAGAGAGAAACUGAGAUCUUUCUAUGAUUUUAGUCUGCAGAUAAUCACAGAGACACUCAGAGAAAUAUUAAACCAAAAUCUCAACAUUGGUUUUAGUGUGUUAGUGGGAGGAUUGGCUGAGAGCCAGAUUCUACGUCAGCACAUCACUGAUCAGUUUGGACGUCAGUAUAAAGUCCUGUGUCCUCUUAGACCCCAGGAAGCGAUUCUGAAAGGAGCCGUAGAGCUGGGGAGAAACCCAGAGAUGGUGGAGCCUCAGAGGAAACGUCCAGCUUGGUUCAGAUGUUGGUCAUGAGAUUUUUGUUCUUAAUCAGACAAUGUGUAUAGCUUUCUUGUGUUUUAUUUUGUGUUUGUGAUUGAAUAACUUUUUCCAUGUUCAAUUUUUUUGUUGUUUUGUACCAGAAACCAAUAAAUCAGUUCUACAGACUUCAGUUUGUAAACUGAAUUAAAAAUAAAAGUUAAUUUGAUUUAACCUGG